GUCGGGGGCGGGGUCAGGUCGGGCGGGCUUCUCACUUCCGCCGGACGCGCGCGCUCAGGGCGGAUGGAGGCGGCGCGGAGGCCGCGUCUCAGGCUGAGCCGCCGGAGGCCGCCCUCGGGGCCCCCCAGCGCCCGCCCCGAGUCCCUCCAGGGGGGCGGCGACGAGUGUGCGCGGCUAUGGGCGGAGCUGCUGCGCGCGGCCCGCGAGGAUCUGAACCUGGACGGCGAGCCGCCGCCGCUGCCUGCUUUCCCCGGCCAGGAGCCCGGGCGCAGCCCUGAGCGCACCACGCCCUCCGAGGUCUUCACCGUCGGACCUGAGACCUUUUCCUGGACGCCCUUCCCGCCGGCCCUGCGGCGAGGCCGUGGCCGCUCUUACCGGGUGCUCCGCCCGGCCGGGGGGCGCCCGAGGUCCCCCGACCGGGCCCCGCAAGGAUGCCCCGCGCCCGAGCCCCGCGGGACCCCCAGCGCCGAGGAGCAGCCGUCGGUGGAGGGCGCACCGGGCUCGCCGACCCUGCGCAGCUGCCCUAUGUGCCAGGCUGACUUCGACCCUGGGCUGGCCCCGCUGGACGUCGAUAGCCACCUCGCUCAGUGCUUGGCAGAAAGCACAGACGAUGUGGUGUGGUGAGCUGCCCGCCUGUGCAGCAUGGCAUCGUCUUCCCCUCAGGCCUGGCUGGUGCAGGGGCCUGGUCUCACUCCACCGGCCAGAACCACCUCCCCUCUACUCGACAUAUUAAAAAGCUACAUGUUAAA